AUGCCCAUGAGUCUCCCGGCCCCGGUGCUGCAGCAGGAGAAGCGCCAGCAACUGCCCACAGAACGACUUGACCUCCAGGCCAAUUCUCGUCCCACACAGAUUCUUUCGACAAUCCUCCCCUACGAGAAUUAUCGCGACUCGAGCCCGCCCGCACCCGCCCACGCCCAGCGAAAGUUAGCAACCCACAAGAGACCCAGAAGGAAGCGUUCGCAGGAGUCGCACGAAGUCGCAGGAGUCCAGGACCCAUCCUUUGGGCUCGUGGAUGCUCCAAAGUCCCACUUGCGUUGCCCCCCCCCCCCGGCUGUCCGCCACUCAUAUCGCGCCUGGUCUGCCCACUCCCAGUCUCCCCUCGAUUUCGUCCAGUCUCUACAUCGCCUGCUCUCCACUUCCAACGACUGGAACCCGCUCCACACCUGCAACGCUGCAGAACUACUGUCUACGGUCCCCCCUACGCUCGUCGCGGUAGCACAGGCUGUCCCGCCUGCCAUUGACUGA